AUGUGCCUGGCGUGGCGUUGGGCCAAGUCUCGCGCUCUUCCAACUAGCAUCGGAUCCUCCUUUUGGUUGCUCGCUUUUCCCCUCUUCCUCUUCCUUCCUCCUCCUCCUCCUGUUCUCCCUCUGCCCGACGCCCCGGGCGGUCAUCGACUAGGUGUGAAUGGCCUGACCAUUGACCCUGAUAACUCCAUCCUGUACUCCGCUGGUCGCGACGGUGUUGUGUGCUCGUGGGAUCUCAAUUUGCCCCUCUCGAAUUCCUCGGUAUCAUCGGCCUCGAACGCGAAGCCUCCGCCGACGACGUUUCGGAACCAAGUCCAGGCACACAGUCACUGGAUCAACGACAUCGUCCUGACCCAGAAUAAUUCCGCACUGGUCUCCGCUUCUUCUGAUACCACCGUGAGACUGUGGCGACCGCACUCCGACUCGACUGAGGUGCCCGAUCCCAUUGGGAAACAUGCGGAUUACGUCAAGGCCCUGGCCACCCCGGAUAGCCGUUCGAAUUGGGUCGCAUCGGGUGGUCUCGAUCAUAAGCUCAAGCUGUGGGAUCUGAACGGCGGCGGCGAGAUACUUAAAAUCAAUGUUUGCGGCGACGAUGGUACAGCCAAGGGCUCGGUCUAUGCCUUAGGGGCUGUGUCUUCUGUCCUCGCCAGCGGCGGGCCCGAGAGCGUGGUCAGAAUCUGGGAUCCGAAGUCCGGCAAAUUGAUCACCAAAUUCGUCGGCCAUACCGACAACAUUCGCGACAUUUUGAUCAACCAGGAUGGAGAUACGGUCAUGACGGCGUCGUCGGACCAAACGAUUAAGGUCUGGUCCCUCACGGCGGGAAGGUGUAUGCACACCUUGACGAUGCACAACGACAGUGUCUGGUCAUUAUACUCCAAUCACCCGCAGUUGUCUGUCUUCUACUCGAGUGACCGAUCCGGUUUGGUCGCCAAAACAGAUACCCGGCAUUCAUCGGACAUUGAGCAAGGAAUUUCUAUCGCGGCCUUGCAGGAACACGAAGGCGUGGUCAACGUCGUGGCCGCUGGCGACCAUAUCUGGACUGCGACCCCGAAGUCCAGUAUCAAUCGGUGGAACGACAUCGACACCACAGCUGAGAUUGACUCUCCGAGGGAGCGGGAGGCUGCGCCCGCGAAAGAGGAACAAGAGUCUGCGGCGAGGGAACGGGUGAAGAAGAUUCCGUACGAGUCGGUUCUGCAGCUCUCCAACACCUCAAUGUUCCCCAAGUCUCGGGUUCCGGGGGGAGUGGUGCCUCGGUCAAUGGCAAAUGGACAACCGCCUUCGCCAGGAUCGGACAUGGAAGAUGAACUGGAGCUUAAUCUUCCCGUGUACUCCUUGCCCAACGACACGAUAGAGGGCCAGCAUGGCUUGAUCAAGCACUUCUUCCUGAAUGACCGGAAACGAACAUUAACCCAGGACUCCGCUGGGGAAGUUGUCCUCUGGGAUCUUCUCAAGUGCGUACCGAUUCAGUCAUUCGGCAAGCGUCACAUGGACGACGUCGCGUCUGAGAUCAACACAAAUGAGAGCAUUGCUCAUUGGUGCACAAUCGAUAUUCGGACCGGACGACUUUCCGUGAUCCUGGAACCUGGCCGGUGUUUCGAUGCUGAGGUCUACGCGGAUGAGGCCAAUCUACCGGACUAUUCACAGAUCCGCGAGGAUCAAAGAAUCAAUCUGGGCAAGUGGAUUCUCCGGUGGCUUUUUGCGCCCUUGGUAGACGAAGAGAUACGGCGAGAUGCCCAGUACCGCGCCACCGCGAUGACCAAGGCUGAAGAAAUGGCUAAACAGAACAUGAAUGCUACGGCACCCAUGGACAUCCCGACCAUGGAUGGGUCAAGAAACUUUGGCGCAUCUCUAGAUCCUUCAAUGUCCUCCCUGCGCCAGGGAUACGACAUGCUAGGCAGCCCCACAACACCUGGGUUUGGCAUCGGGUUUGCAAAUAGCCCUGGCUCAUUCGCUGCGACUCCGAUGUUCAAUCAGAGUAGUUCUCAGAACAACAGCAAUCAUUUCGGCACGUCUCCUGGCGAGCUUUCCGAUUAUACGAUGUCUCAGCAAGCUGCAGAUCCUACAAGAAGCUCAAUGUCCGAUAAGUCUAGUGACUAUUUCUCCUCGCCCCGAAUGCAAGGCCUACCGCCCUUGGAUACCGACCGGGCGCUGUCGACAACGCCCGGGGAGCCAACGCCAACGGCUCUUUUACAGUCACCAGCGGAGCCCGAUAAAGAGGAACGCAAGAGAGGUGGCUCGCUGUUCGGAAAGAAGUUCCGCAUGGAUUUCCCGAAGAAGCUUGGCCGAACCUCGUCGGAAGUCAAGCCACAGAUCCAGGAGGAAAAAGUAGAAGAGUCCGAUAAAUCUUCCGUCAAGGAGGAGAAGGUGUUUGAGAACAACCUAAGUGGCUUUAUUGACCGCAUCCGUCAUGAAUACGAAGAGUCGUUGUCUGCCAAUUCUACACAGGAUCUGGCCUCGGCUUUCUCGCCAAGCCACGAGAGCGAAACUCCGGCAUUAGCUAUUCCCUCACGCACGGCGGUAUUCAUCCAAGAGGAAUCGGGUGAUACGGCUGUGGCUUCCGAUCUUUAUCGCGGAAGUGUCGGCCGGAUCAGCCAGGAGGUCGACAAACUUGAGAAAUCGAUACCUCUGUGGCUUGCCGAUCUGCUACUCAAGAACCAAGUACCCUUCAAGGAACCUAUCAAGAUCGCCUUCACGUUGAAGCCAUACGAUGAUUUGCUGCCGCCCGUGGUAAAGCCCGAUGUAAACACCGCCAAUGGUAAUACGACAAACAAUUCUCGCCUCAACGCCAACCGCAUGCUCCGGGCCAAGAAGAUCCUCGCAUACAUAGCGGAACGAAUUGACCCGGCUAACCCCGACGAUCCCGAAGAUAACCCACUAAAGCCGGAAGAGUAUCUGGAGCUGUACUGCCAAAAGACGCUUCUACCCCCGAACAUGACCCUUGCGACCAUGCGUGCCCACAUCUGGCGGUCGUCGGGGGACAUGAUUCUCUACUACAAGGCCAACGGAAGGAAAGAAAUUCGAAACCCUGAGGCUGGAAGGGACAACGAGCAAAAUCGGCAGGCUUCUGAGGGCGGUUUGCAUCCGCAACGACUCGGCGAACCGGGCAGUUUGACCAACGGAGAGGGCAAGAUCGCGCCGAGUAUUCAUUCUCUGACCGCGUCUGGUUCUGCAUCGGCCUCUAUUACCAACUCCUGA